AUGGCUCUCGCGACGACGUCCAUAGUGACCCGGACUGUCGCUCUUUCAGGACCUUCCUCCCUGGUUCCAGCAUCGUCGCGCCUAACUCAGUCAAGCGCUUCAAACGUGUCUCGUAGAGCCUGCAGAAAUUUCUCUAAGAUCCAUAAACCGGCACCGGCCGUUUUCCGCGAGUCAAUCUCAGCCCCUCCCCUGGCCGCCGACUGCCUCCCCCGCUCUAGGCCUCUUGCUGCUUCCACCACUGCCAAGGCUGCUGCCUCGGCUGUUGCCGAGCCUGCGCAGGAGCUUCGGGGUGCUGGGCCAGUGGUGGUGGUUGAUAAUUAUGACAGCUUCACUUACAACCUUUGCCAGUACCUGGGUGAUCUGGGGUGCGAGCACGUGGUGUACCGUAACGAUGACAUCACCAUUGACGACCUGCAGAAAAUGGACCCCAGGGGGGUGCUCAUCUCUCCAGGCCCUGGCACGCCAGACGACUCGGGCAUAUCGCUGGACGUGGUGCGGCGCCUGGGGCCGACCGUGCCCCUCUUUGGUGUAUGCAUGGGGCUGCAGUGCAUGGGGCAGGCAUAUGGCGGGCGCAUAGUGCGGGCUCCAGGGGGCGUGAUGCAUGGCAAGACGUCACCUGUGCUGCACUCCAUGGCAGAAAGUGACUCAGGGCUGCUGGCUGGACUGCCAAGCCCCUUCACGGCGUGUCGGUACCACAGCCUGGUGAUUGAAAAGGACUCAUUUCCUGAAGGCGAGCUGGAGGUGACUGCAUGGACGGAGGAUGGGCUCGUCAUGGCCGUGCGGCACAAGAAGUACACCCACGUUGAGGGGGUGCAGUUCCACCCAGAGAGCAUCAUCACGAGCAACGGCAAGGAGAUUGUGGCAAACUUCCUCAAGACCAUGGACCGCUACUGGGGCAAUUAG